UGUCUAGCGAGGAGCCCGACGUUUUGUGAGUCAAGCCAUUCAUUGUGCCAAUGAUAGCAAUGUUGAAUGGUUAGAUACUGGUGUCUUUGAGCAGAGAUGCAAGAAGCUGGGACUAGUCUUUUCAGCUCUUUCAGUAGAAGCUGCGGUGUAUGUUGUGUUGCUAGGGAUAUAAACUAGUUAUGACACGUGCACUCGGGAUGCAUGGUGUAUAUUGCCCUCACCCUCGUGCUUCAGUGCAAUACACCAUACAAUCCCUCGUGCCCAUGUUAUAACUUAAUUUGUCACAGUGCAAAUGACAUGCACAGUAUUGCUAAUGUACCUGGUGUAUCCAAACUUCUGUUUUCGCUGCUAUAGUUCUCUAUUGAGUGUGUGUGUUGCUUCAGUAUGGAAGUGGGUAUAGUCUGUGAACAAUGCCCUUAAUUGCUAACUCAAUGCCAAGGAAAUUCUACUUGUUCCGUGCAUAUAAAAGUGUAUGACUGUGUAGCCUUAUAUCGUGUCUAUAGCUGAGCACCACGUAGACCUAUAGAGACAGCUUCAAAAGUAGAAGUGAGAAGGCAAAAAAAUGGUUGUUCGUACUCUACUAUUAGUUGUGCUGUGUGUCAGCUUCACACUAGCUGAGCAGACCAUCUUCACAAAUGACGAGAUUUCGGAGCUGUUUAAAACAGCUCUCAACAGGUACAAGAAGUUCUCAGAACGUGGCAACAUACCAGCCCCCGGUGUGCCAUCGACUUUCACACUCCACGUAAUACAAGGCAAACGGAUGAAGCUGGAUUACAUGAUAAUUGAUGAACAGAGACUCUAUAAAGUGAUCGUGCCCGAUGGAUUCGUCGUCGAGCAAUCUCAACUCGCACAACUGAAGGAAGUGUUCCAAGAAAAUACUGAGAAUAUUUUAUCGCUAGUCAAUAAAAUUGAGGUUACCCAACCAACGGACACUCGCUCGAGUGUUUCCCUCAAGUGGCCUCAGGGCAGGGCCUUCAAUAAUUUCUACAAGUUCACCUUCAGCUUCCCUUGUAUCUCUGACUACCUGGUACCAGUACCUAUGCCUAGCGUCAUCUUACGUCCACCAGAUAUUAUCCAGGUGGUGACAGCAGCUUUUAACCGUUUCAAAAAAUUCACCGAAAACGGCAAUCAGCUGAAUGAUUUACACCACCCAUACUCUUUGUUCAAGAUUCAAAACAAUGACUUGGAAUUGUCGUACAUUAUCGAGGAUACGGUAAAGAUAUUCACGGCUGAGGCACACGACAAGUUCCUUGUUAAAGAAUCAGAUUUUUCAAUAAUCGAAAAUGUACUGGAAACGCCUAAAAGUAGUAUGCCUGGCUCUGGUACUAUUGGUGUAUCUCCUCGACUAGUUAAUGGUCAUAAGUUUGUGUAUAUUCCCUGGAAGGCCCCCUCUAAUAACUAUGAGUUUCGAUUAUCCUUCCAUGUGGCUAGUGGGAACAAAUCAUCUCUCCUGCUGAAGCUGUUGGCUCAUCUUAUUCAUUAGACUGUUAUAGCCCUGUAGACUAUCGCCUCUACUGACAGUAUAGAAAUAAAGGAAAUAGAAACUGUUAGUUGUAGACUGUAUAUUUACUGACAAUGAAUUGUGUGCGGUUGUUUGAUAGUGUUAGUGUUGUUGCUUUUUGAAGUGAAAUUUAAUAGUGUACACUGUGUUCUUUCAAUGUAUAUACUUAUUGUGUGUGUAUAAUAACUAUGUGUUAGAUAUGUAUAGUUAGCCUAUUAUAAGUAUUAUUAUUGUUGAAUGCUGUGUACCUGUAUGUAUUAGUUAUUGCCCAGCACGAGCGUAACAUGCCAUUAUUAUAUUGCACUGGAGCUGCGGCCCUCGGGCAUUAUGUUGCUCUAGUGCAAUAUAUGGUAUGUUGCACGAGGGUGCCUGCAAUAACUAACUUGUUGUCCAAUGACGUCAAAGUCUUCUGAUUUGUCAAGUUGUUCGUAAUAAAAGACACGUGUUUUGAGUGAAUUUUAGUGAAUUCAUUAGUUUUGCUGAAUUCCAUAGUAAAUUCUUAGGUUUUCUUCCCACAACUAGUGGGUAGGAGGGUGGGGCACCCAAAAGCAGAUUUUUUUGCACGAAAUCUACAGUGCAAAUGCCAUAUAUUGCUAUAUGCUUGUUAUGGUAGUGAUGCAACAUGCCAUAUACAGAGUUAGCUGGAUUGCUUUGACCUGUCCACUCACUGGGCAGGCAA